AUGCGUAAAGCUAUUUCGCCACACGAAAAGUUGACGGCAACAUUAAGAUUUCUUGCUUCUGGAAGGAGUUAUGAGGAUUUAAAGUUUACAACAUUAAUAUCUCCUCAGGCAUUGCGUGUAAUUAUUCCUGAGACGUGUGAAGCUAUAUCUAAAGUACUGGAGAAAAAUUAUUUCAAAUUCAAAGUCGGAGGUAAUUAUUCAACCAGGCUUGCAUCAAAUCCCAUUCGGGCGAUUGAUGGCAAACACAUAGACAUUAUUCCUCCUAGUGGAAGCGGAUCUUAUUAUUAUAAUUAUGAAUGUCCUCAUAGUAUGGUGCUACUUGCAAUAGUAAAUGCAAAGUACCAAUUCAUCGUGUGUGACUUUGGAGUUAAGGGCAGGAUAUCAGAUAGAGGUAUACUCCAAACAACCGAACUCUAUGACAAGCUCCAGAAAAAUGAAUUGGAGAUUCCAUCACAUGAACCAAUCAAAAAUAGUUCUGAAUACUGCCAUACGUAUUUAUUGCUGAUGAUGCUUUUGCUUUGA